AUGUACAUGACUAUUAAUAAUGAUCAAGUCAACUUAACUAUACUGCCUUUUACUGACUCAAGUGGUAAGAUUAAAAUUGGAAGACGCAAUUCAAUUUUAGUCAAUGAAUGGACUAAAGUAUCACUAAGUAUCCACGUUUAUGCAACUUAUAAUAGAAGAGAAUUCAUUCUCCUUACCAAUACAUUCAUGAAUGGUUUUUCAACACCGCGAUAUUUUGCCUUGAAAUUGCCUGGAAAACUACGAUUUGGUGAUGGACAGUCGCCUCUCUUGCCUAGUGAACCUUUCUUAGGUUUUAUUACUGCUGCCUCCUUAUAUAAUACAGUAGACACGGCUUACAAUAUCGACCCAAUGCAUGAACCCGAUGUUCUUCAGCAUGCACAGGAAAGCACUUGGCCAUCAACACCUUCAAUUCCAUGGUGUCCAUAUAGAGUACAAUACGAUGUGGACACCAAUCAUGUUUGGCCAUUGGACGAUAAAGGGUUAACGAGAGAUAUAAGGACCAAUACUGUCAAUGGAAACAGUCAGUGUUUGAGGUUUGAACAAAUACAUCCUACAUUACCUAAUCACGCUGUCCAUGUUGACGGUUCACCUUUCGCGAGUAUUAUGCUGCCAAUAAAUGGCACUGAAGUCGACGAAUCGUUUACUCUCACAGUCAAUGUCUUUAUCUUGAACGAAUCAUCUGGUUCAUUGAUUAAGAUUGUCACCAUCUUGGGACAAACACUGUUUGAGAUAGUUGUAACAGAGACAGAGCUUCAAUUCAAUGCAUUUACAAAAACAACAACAAAUUGUGCCUCACUAACGUUGACAGAGAAUUUUACAUCAAAUGCAUGGUACGUUAUUGGCAUCAAAAGAGAUGUGGAAUCGAACUCAAUUGGAAUAAUCGUUGAUGGUUCCUUUAGCUCUACUAAUGACACUUGUGGAAUAUUUGGAAUCGAUGGCGAUCUUUCGGUUCAGAUUGGAGCUAGUAGCCGAUAUUUGCCCGGAUAUAGAGGAGAUGUUAGGUGUCUUAUCCUUUUCAAUAAUCCAGGAUCCGAUAUUAUUGACGCCAUUCAAGAUGCAUGUACAGAUGCUAAUGCUAUCUUACCUACGGUGCCACUUACCAGCUGUAUACCCAAUCUGAACAGCGGAUACCACGUGUUAUUCAAGAGAAACAUUGUUUUAUCUGAUAGCUUGUCACCACUGGCUACCUAUAUCACCAAAUCGUUAAUACAAUGUGCCAUCAGCUGUAAGGGCCAUGUAUUCUGUCGAUCAUUUACUUACGUGGAUAACCAGUGUUUAGUGUAUGAUCUGGUAACUGAAUCGGGACUAAUCUCGACUCCAGGAGCUGUUUACUACAUCCUUGAAAACAGAUCUUAA